CUGGACACACACACAGACACAAAGCAGUGAAGGCUAUGGUGGGAGAAGACGCGCACGGACCUCCAACGAUCUUAUUUGACCGUGAUUGACCUGCAGCGGUGUAUCCUGUUAUGAGAAGAUGUCUGUGAACGAGGUGUACGUGAUCCGGCCCUUCAAGCUCAUCGCUCUGCUGUGCGUCUUUCUGGCGCUGUGUUUGGACGUGGUGGCUCUGCUGAGCCCAGCCUGGGUCACCGCGGAGCACUUCUCCCUGUCUCUGUGGGAGUCCUGCUCCCAGUCCGACGCACGGCAUCCGACAGGGGAGGCUCAGUGGAGCUGCUUCUCCACCCUCACAUCUGACUGGCAGAUUGCCACCCUGGUGCUACUGGUGGCCGGUGCCGUGGCAACUCUGGUGGCCUUUUUGGUGGCCCUGAUUUCGCUCUGCCGGGGGACACAGAGACGGCACUACCGCACCGUGGCUGUGUUCCUAUUCACUGCAGUGGUUCUGCAGGCCUGUGCUCUGGUCCUCUACCCGAUCAAGUUCAUCGACGGAACGGUUCUUCAGACCUAUCACGAGUUCAAUUGGGGCUAUGGGCUCGGCUGGGGAGCCACCAUCUUCAUGCUGGGCGGAGGGAUCCUCUUCUGCCUGCGGACGGACAUAUACGAGGAUGCAAUACAGGUUGUGAAGGCCUAAUUUAGGCCAGGGCUGUAUGAAUAGGACCCCCACCACCCCUCCUCCCAUGCAGCCAGUGGAUCUCUCAGCCCUGCCGGUAUCGGGGGUGAGGCGUUACAGCAAAGAGAGCUUUCUGGACAGGCACAAGCCACCGAUGCUGGGCGUUUCCACUGCACGUUGACCUGGAUCUCUAUUGUUAAGAGAAACAGGGCAGUAGAUUCUCAGCACAGCCCUGAUGAUGAUGAUGUGCAGUGACAGAACAUUUGAAGGGAUUGACUUAUCUCCACAUUUCCUUUUUUUAUUAUUUUUCACGAGGACAAGCUUGUUGUUAAUGUAUUUAUGGCAUCAUUUCCCACUUUUUAACUAUUGAAAAAGCUGAACUUCUCCCUCCGUGUGUUCUAGCUGAAACAUAUCUAGUAAUGCUAAACCUUCUGAUAGUCGAAGUGUAAAUUAGGCAGCUUCGAUAUAUGCUACAGCUCUCGAGUGUUUAUAGUUUGUUUGGAAACUCACACUAGUUUCUUUCAAAUGAAAAAUGUAAAUGUGUACAAAGUAUUUCUACAUGAAGGAUAAUCCGGAAUAAACAAUUGUAGUUUU